UGGGGGUGGAGGCGGUGGCGGCCGCGGGCCGAUCCCCGCGCGCUAGCGGCCGCCCCGCCCGCCCCUCCCUCCGCGCCCCGAAUGGUUCCUCCCCCUCCGCCCCUCCUCGCGCCGGCGGGGGCGGGACGCGCGAGCGGGCAGAGGGAAUCCCUCGGUUUCCCCGGAGCGCGCUCCUCUCUCGCGAGACCUGCGCCGCUCUCCGCAUGCCGGCUGGCGCCGGGCUCUCGCGAGAGCGGCGCGGUUCCCACGCCCGGGCUGUUGUGUCUGUGGGGAGAAGCCCGGGCGCUGAGUGGGCGGUGCGCACCGCCCCCCCCGCGCGUGUCUCGCGGGCCCGCGCACGCGCGCUCUGGGCCGCGGGGAGGGGGGCGCUCUCGCGAGAGUAGGAGUUUUGGCGAGAGUUUGUGGAAGAUGGCGCCUGUUGUGACAGGGAAAUUUGGAGAGCGACCUCAACCGAAACGGCUCACAAGGGAAGCAAUGCGAAAUUACCUGAAGGAGCGAGGUGACCAAACCGUGCUAAUACUCCAUGCGAAAGUUGCGCAGAAAUCAUAUGGAAAUGAAAAAAGAUUCUUUUGUCCUCCUCCAUGUGUGUAUCUCAUGGGCAGUGGAUGGAAGAAAAAAAAAGAGCAAAUGGAGCGGGAUGGUUGCACUGAGCAGGAGUCACAACCUUGCGCCUUUAUUGGGAUAGGAAACAGUGACCAAGAAAUGCAGCAGCUGAACUUGGAAGGAAAGAAUUAUUGCACUGCCAAAACAUUAUACAUAUCAGACUCAGACAAGAGAAAGCACUUCAUGUUAUCAGUAAAAAUGUUCUAUGGCAAUAGUGAUGACAUCGGCGUGUUCCUCAGCAAACGGAUCAAAGUCAUCUCCAAACCCUCUAAAAAGAAACAGUCACUGAAAAAUGCAGACUUAUGUAUUGCAUCAGGGACAAAAGUGGCACUAUUUAAUAGACUUCGAUCCCAAACAGUUAGCACCAGAUAUUUGCACGUAGAAGGUGGUAAUUUCCAUGCCAGUUCACAGCAGUGGGGAGCAUUUUACAUUCACCUGUUGGAUGAUGAUGAAUCAGAAGGAGAAGAAUUCACAGUGAGAGAUGGCUACAUUCAUUAUGGGCAGACUGUCAAACUUGUAUGCUCAGUUACUGGCAUGGCACUCCCGAGACUGAUAAUUCGAAAAGUAGAUAAACAAACAGCAUUAUUGGAUGCAGAUGAUCCAGUAUCACAGCUCCAUAAAUGUGCAUUUUACCUUAAAGACACUGAGAGAAUGUAUUUGUGCCUUUCCCAGGAGAGAAUAAUCCAAUUUCAAGCCACUCCAUGCCCAAAAGAACCAAAUAAAGAAAUGAUUAAUGAUGGAGCUUCUUGGACAAUCAUUAGCACAGACAAAGCAGAAUACACAUUUUAUGAGGGGAUGGGUCCAGUCCAUGCUCCAGUGACACCUGUGCCUGUUGUGGAAAGUCUUCAAUUGAAUGGUGGUGGGGAUGUAGCAAUGUUGGAACUUACAGGACAGAACUUCACUCCAAAUUUACGUGUCUGGUUUGGGGAUGUGGAAGCUGAAACCAUGUACAGAUGUGCAGAGAGCAUGCUUUGUGUUGUUCCAGACAUUUCUGCGUUUCGAGAGGGUUGGAGGUGGGUCCGACAGCCAGUCCAGGUUCCAGUAACUUUGGUCCGUAACGAUGGCAUAAUUUACUCCACCAGCCUUACCUUUACAUACACACCGGAACCAGGGCCACGGCCACACUGCAGUGCUGCUGGAGCAAUCCUCAGAGCCAACUCAAGUCUCAUGGCCUCCAGUGAAACAAACACAAACAGUGAGGGAAGUUACACAAGUGUCAGCACAAACCCCACCAAUGUCACAUCAUCUACGGCAACUGUAGUUUCCUAACUACUGUUGUUUGUCUGGACUUAAAUUGACUUUUCGUGCUACAUUCAAGAGAACUGAACAGUUUUUGUGGUUUCAUGGGAAAACACUUUUCCAUUUUAGGUGAUAUGAUUUCAACCUUGUUACCUGCAAGUGCUGAUCUUAAAAACAGAAGCCACAAUAAAAAAAAAGAGAAAACCAACAUCCGCUACAUAAGAACUUUAUUGAAAAUCUAUUUUUCAGCUGUGGUUUUUUUAGUGGGCAAGAAACAAAAAUGUGGCUGGGAUACAUGUUGAGCAAACUAGAAAACAUGAACACAACAUAGUUUUUAUGGACCAAGGAACUUGUAUAAGCUUUAGUAUAAAAGGUACAUUUUCACCAUACCUUUUUUGUAUCACAACAUAUAGUACACUUUUGUUACCAAAUAGUUUAUAUUUUUUUUUCCUCUGAGCUUUUGCUCUGAAGUAUAUUCAGGUUCCAAGCCUGACCAUGCUUGUAUAAUCUAAUUACCAUACUCUUCCAGUUUAAAAAAAAAAUAUAUAUUUUUGGUCUGUGGCUGGAACUGUUCCUUUUUUUAAACUGAAGUCUUGUGACUUUUUAUGAACUGAAAUUGUUUUUAUUUCAGCAAGUAGAACCUUGUAAAGGCCAGCAUAUUUUUUUUAAGAUUAUAUGAAGUCUGUGCAAAAGCUUUAAAAAAUGCCUCUGCCUUGCCUGCAAUACAUGCAAUGUAUGUUAACUUUAGUGCUCUGUUUUCAUUGUUAAUAGUUAUUUCUGUUUUUCUUUUUUAAAUAUGUAUUUAUAGUGAUAAUUCACGAGGUUCUAACAUUACAUGAGUUUUUUCCUAAAAGUGGCAUCUCAAGCAGUCAUAUUAAUGAUUGUUCAUGUCACAGGCAUAUGUUGGUGUUUUUGAAGGGUUCUUACUGGGUUACUCCCCCUCUUCCUUGAUCAGUCAUAUUACAUCUGAAAAUGUUUCAGGAUCUGUUCAGGUUUUUCUAAUCUUGUACAUAAUUUGUAUUAAGUGUAAGUUAAAUGUUUUAUUUCAAAAGUGGAAUGUUCCCAAUAACUUCAUUUGGCAGCAUGUCUUCUGUCUUGUUGGCAUGAAACUAAAGUACCAUGAGAAGUAUGUGCUACAAAUGGGAUUGGUAGGUGAUGCCCUUCAUCACUUGAGAAUCGCAAGCAUGUUUUUCUUCAUACUGUUCAGUAAAUUAGGCCAGACUUUUGUGUAACACUUGUAUUGAGAACGUGCUUUCAUUGUGAAGUGAUCAUACAGUAAUAACUAGAAGUAAAUUUUAUUACCUAGAAAUGGGCAAAUAGAAAAUCAUAAAAGCACUAUGAAGAUGUCAACUCCUCCCAUCCUUGUUUCCUGUGGGUUUCCCUUUCCCUGCCAACAGCUUGUGCAACAUUCAAGUCUUCUCUCCAGCAUAAAUUCAAGGCUCAUUUGCACUUUGACUUUGUUGGUUGUUGCAUUUGUUUUUCAUUUUGACUUUACCAUGUUUUGUCCCUCCUUGUAGACCUGCCUGCUUCACUUGUAUUUGAACAUAUACCCCAGUAGUUCAUUUGUAGUCACAGAGCUAGGCAUAGACUUGUAGGACAAGUUCUGACAGUGUGAUCUUCCUCUUUAAAAGCCAGAAUUUCAUGGUGUGUUCAGCCUUUUCUAUACCCUGAAGCAAAAGUCACAACUGCUGUGUAAAUGUGAACCUGUGGUUUCCUACAGUGCAUUGCUUACAUGCUUACGUGUUGACCAUUUUCAUAGGGUUUUUAUUUCUGACCACUGAUUCCAGUUUCAACACCCACCACCAUCUUAAAUCAUCGUCUCUGCACCAUAUUUGUGUACUCUGACGCUCCAUUCUACUUGUUUGCUUUAGUGCUCCUUUGUAUGUGUGAAAACAAUGUUUAAAGGAAGAAAUUGGUUAUAAAGCAUAUUUAGCAAAUAGUAAAAUCAGUGCCACUAUCCUCCUGAAAUGUGCUUGUAUUCUACCACAGGCCUUCAUACUUGUUACUCUCUAUUACAAAACGUGUUCCCGCGACGUAGUCGCAAUGCUGGUUCCUAGCACUAGUGAAUGCUGCCUCACCUCAUCUCCAUUUCAGUGACCAAGGGCAGGAUUCAUUGUGGCCUUAUCUCUGUUUUAAACUGUUUACUGGCAUUUACUUGCAGAUCUGUUUACUUUGUAUGUGCUGUAAAGUUUUGGUUUAUUGUGUUGUGGCAGGAAUCGUUUCACAGUGUUUUUGUUAGAAGCACAUAAAUAUUUUACAGUACAAGAGCCACAGAUUUUCAUCGCUAAUUAGACUGAGAAUUAAAAUAAGCAAGAUACAUAUAUCAGAUUUAGAGGGUAUUCAUGAAACCAUGGUAGACACACAGCAGGCAAACCAUAACAAGCCUUUUAACCUUCAAAGACUAUUUAAAGUAGCUUUUCAGAACUUGACACGUGCUUUUAUACUCAUUAUUUUAAAUUUUUUUACAUAUAAAUGCAAUACUUUUUAUAUUCAGUUUCUUUACAUGCGGUAAUUUUGCCCAAUAGAUAUAAUAUCCCUUGACUUGUAAAGAUUUAUCGUACUAUCUGCUGUUCUACACACUACAGCCAAGUGGGUGAAAAAAGAGCCUAUUCUGCUUACAAGAUCAUUUUAAACCACAUUUUUUCAUUUGGCUUGUGGCUCUCUUGUUGCCAGUAGUUAUUCUGUAGUACAGAAAUGGUCUUCCAGGUCCUUACUGUUGUUAAUACGUCCAGUUGUUCAGAUAUAUUAUCUUCCUGAACUUUUUUCUGUGGGGUGAUAUUGUUACAUAUAUUGGCCUUGUGAGCUGUUAACAAUUUUCAUGAUAUUAACAAUAUCUCAAGAUUUUGAUAAAACUACUUAUAAAAUGUUUCAGUAUGAAACUCUUAUAACUGUUCAAGUCUAGCUGUUAAGUCUGCUGUUAAUUCUGUAUACAUAGAAAUUGAGUCUGUGUUCAGAAUGUUGUUGUAGUUCCAACUAUAGGAAGAGAAGCAAAGUGAGUGCUCUAAUUUAGCUAUGCCUUUUCUUGUUUUCUGUUGCUUGGAACUGCGUUUCAGAAUUCAACACUAGCGUAGUCUUUAAUAAUCUGCUGCUGAUGUUUUUUCUAAUUAUUUGCCCCGAGGGCAUCCCACAGCUAUGUUAAUAAUGUUAUUCUGUACUUGUUUCCAUUGCACAGACUUAUAAAAUCAGAAUGGUUACCUGAAAAGACAUUAAGUCAAGACAUAAAUUGAUUCAUUCCCCAUAUAGAAAAUAUUAAUGCCUAGUGAAUCAAAUUAUCUAUUGGAAGUAAGCUACCCACUUGUGGAUUAAAUGACUCCAUAGAGAUGUCCAUUUUGAAACUAAGAUGCUCUUCAAUUAUUAACCAUAUUAUUUACUUUCUAUCAAAAGCAGCUGUGUUUAUGAGUACUGAACAAAUGUGUAUACUUUCCUGUGCCAGACUUUUGACUUUGUUUUCAAGCACUGUACUGUGGGAUUGAGUGGCAGCUUUGUUAGAAAAAGAAGUAUAUUAGGGUUUCUACUUAACCCUUUUAGGACUGAACAAUUUCUUCCCUUUAGAAGCUGUAAAAUAAAUGAGCAGUUCUAACUUUGUAAACAUUCUGUCUGUGUUCAGCACUGCAUUUGCCCCAUCUGGAGGUGCUAUGCUAAUGUCAUUUUUUAAAAUCCUGUAGCAUGUGUAUACAUUCAGUCUUAAAAGGGUUAUUUUUACAAACUGUGCACCUGUAAAAUUUCUUAGCAAUAAAGGUAGAAAAAUGAGCAAGUUUUUACCAUAAUUUUGUAGAAUUAAUUGCUCAGUUCCAUAUUUCAUCAAGAAAAUCCCUGCAAUAUGGGCAGUUUUGAGGAUUAAAUAAAAGUGAAAUGUAAACCACGUAAAAGUUCUUGUCAAGUGUACUCUGUGUGUGUAUGUGCAUAAACUGUCGGGUUUCAUUUUUUUCUACAAGGCUAAAGAUAAAAUGCCAUGUUACUGUUGCUGUGACAAACUUAAUUGAACAUCUGUGUGAUGAUACAAAAGUACUUCUAGUUUGAACAGGUGUUGAAACUUG